AUGUCUACUCCAGCUAGAAGAAGACUUAUGAGAGACUUUAAGCGUAUGAAGGAAGAUGCGCCACCAGGAGUCUCUGCUUCUCCAUUACCAGAUAAUGUCAUGAUAUGGAACGCUAUGAUUAUAGGUCCAGCUGAUACACCAUACGAGGAUGGUACCUUUAGAUUACUAUUAGAAUUUGAUGAAGAAUAUCCAAAUAAACCACCGCAUGUUAAAUUUUUAAGUGAAAUGUUUCAUCCAAACGUAUAUGCCAAUGGUGAAAUAUGUCUGGAUAUUUUACAAAAUAGAUGGACUCCAACUUAUGAUGUUGCUUCCAUACUAACAUCUAUUCAAAGUUUAUUUAACGACCCCAAUCCAGCAUCUCCAGCUAAUGUAGAGGCCGCCACACUCUUUAAAGACCAUAAGUCACAAUAUAUUAAAAGAGUAAAGGAAACAGUAGAAAAAUCCUGGGAAGAUGAUAUGGAAGAUAUGGAAGAAGAUAGUGACGAAGAAGAUAGUGACUGA